AUGCAUGGACUUGUCAUAUAUUUGUGUCUUCUCAUCAGUAUCUUUCACUUUUCGGAAGGAAAACCAUGCCCCGAAAAAUCACGCCCACACAAGACACGCUGCGAUGCCUUCUAUAAAUGCCGCGAGCUGCCUUCCAACUCGCACGUCUGGAUUCCGAUCAAGUGUAAUGAGGGACUCGUCUACGAGCACAUUGUGGGCACCUGUGUCCUGCCCGAUGAGGAUUGGGAGUGCAUCACACCCAGUGAGCUGAACAGCACUCCGAAGAGUCCCACAAGCAAGAAAGGUAGCAAGGAUGCCGAUAUAAUUAUUGUAAGCAACGAAGAUGAAGCGACUCUGUUGCUCAAGGAGGACAGCGAUAACGAUGUGCAGAUAGUACUAGAUGGCCAGCUGAGCAGUGAAGAGCAGGAUGAGCAGGUCAACGACAAUUCAUUGAAAGUUAAUCAAGUUGCGUCCACACCAAAUACCAGCGAAUUGGAGAAUCCCUCAUUCAUCAGUCAAUUCGAUUCCAGUGGCGAUGGUGAGCUGGUCGACUUGGAAGGUUUCCCGCUGCAGGCAGAGAAUCGGGAGGCCGAGGUCAACGUUAGCAAUGCACAUAAUAAGCAUAGCACUCACUCAACUGAGACACCUAAUAAACAGCCAAGUUCUGGAUCCAACAUUGAUCCCAAUCUGACGGCGCAUCUGCAGCGCCUGUCACAGCUGAUCGAUGGACUGCAGCAGACGUAUCAGAAGACGGAAAAGCCACAGUUGGAAAUGCGUCCGGAUCAGCUAAAUGCCUUCCUAGCUCAUUUUGACCUUAAAAAUCGUUACGACAUGAUGAAUCCCUCGGCUAACUUCAAGGAUGCAUCAACUACAACAACAACAGUGCCACCAGCAACGACUCCGAUGGUGAAAACAUCCUCUGCUGCUCCAAUUCCUCAGCUGGUGGUGAAUAAAACCCGCCAGCAUUUAAUCAAUUAUCGCAUGCAGCCGGAGACAAAACUGCUGCUGUCCAAUACACAGCCGGGCUAUGCCAGCUCCCAAAUUGUGGUCAAUCGACCCGAGGGAUCGGUCAUGUUCACUUUACCUCAGUAUGGCUCCAGUCCCGAGCAGACUCAAACUAAAAGUGUACAAGCUCAGAGUCAUGAGUACAACGAACAUGAACCAAAGGUCUCGGAAGAAACAUUGAAAACGGUGCUGGAACUGUCCAAGCAGAUGAUUGCCGCACAGAAUCUGCCCAAAGUGCUGCCAAGUCCUGGAUAUAAUGGUGCCUAUUACGCCCAGCCCAUUAUUCAACCGGUCAUCCUCUCGCCGCAAAACAAUCCCUUUCAACAGUACUUUUCCAUGCCGAACUAUGAGUCAGCGUCACCACCGAGGACUCACUAUGUGCAUCACAAAAAGACUGGUGGAUACAACAAGAAGCCACCGGGUACCACGAUCAUUCACAACAAUGUGAUACCCGUUCAUCUGUCCAGCACCAGUUCCGGCGAGAGAGAAGUCCUUGAUGCCUAUGGCAACAGUUUGGGUCACUUCCCCCAUCUGGAUAAACAUAAUAGCAACAACAAUGACAACAAUAAGAAUCAGGUGGAUAACAACUAUUACAACAAAUUUAUGGCCACAAUGACAACAGCUCGUCCGAAUUCUAUGACAACAAUGACCAGCCAAUAUACUGGACAAUAUACAGCUGCAUUCGCCGGCGAGUUUACCCAAACAACGCCGCGUCCCUUUGAGCAGCAGCCCUCGCCAGCAACUGUGGCGAAUUACUACACGCCUAGUCCCCAUCUCAGCGAGAACAAUGUGAAUCGUGUCUUCAAUUCGGAGAGCUAUCCCACAGCCAACAGCUUGAAUAUGCCCCGACCAAUGAGUGCACAGAACUUAUAUCCCACUCAUCUCGAUGCUGGUCAAGUGAAAAUACGACCCAAUUCACAGAAAAUCGAGAGCAUGGAAGUGGAGGCUGAUGACGCGAAUAAUCCGAGCUAUGUGAACAUUAACGGAAAUGGUAACAACAACAACAACAAUCUACACAGCUCUCAUCUGCUGACCUACAGCAAUGCUGGCCAACCAGACAGAUUGGCCAUGAGCCAUCAAUUAGCACCUGGCUCGUAUAUGGAGCAGAGCUAUGCGCAGCAGCAGCAGCAGCAUCAAUAUCACUUUAAGCCUCCUACAUACAUGCCCAAGCCAACACCUAGCAUGAGCAGCAGCAGCAUGUAUAGCGAUGCAGCUGGUAAUUUGGAGUUGAGCAUGUUCAACACCGGCAUGGGCAAUGCGAAUGUCAAUAAUAAUAAUAACGGUAUUCAUCUCAUGUCCGGCAAGUAUCCAUCAUCACUUGGGCAAUUGGUCAACUUCAAUGGGAACUUUAUCAGCUUGGAUGUGUUCCGGAAAUCAAUCUUGCCACUGAUCACACAAUCACCGUCGGCCAUCUCGGAUCUGAACAACGUUGAGGUAAUCACCUGCCAAACCGGCGUACGUCAGCCCAAUCAGACGGACUGCACCCGUUAUUUUGUGUGUAGCAAGAAGGAUGGUAAGGUCCUAUCCUACUCCUGUCCACCCUACACGGGCUUCAAUAAGCAGACACGCAUCUGCGAUGCGACAACCUAUGCGCAGUGCGGGAAUGUGCCCAUCUUUAACGGAUAUACCAUUGAUGAGAAUAGGCGACUGCACAUGGAGACGCUGAAGGUGCUGGCGGAGGCGAAGCGUCGACAGGAGGCGGCACUCAAAAGUCAAAACCUUGCGAAUCUUCUGCAGCAAUACGCCAGCAAGCCGGAAAUGACUGCACCAGCAACAGCGCCCGGAAUAUCAUCGAGUAUGGAGCAAAGCAUGUUAGACUCGUACAUGGUUAGUUUUCCGGAGCCGAACACCACAUCACGACCACAGAUUGUGAUACCAACGCCACCGCCAAUUAGUAACAGCAGCGGACCCGUCAAGAAGCGAAAGUAUUACUGCAAGGAGGGGGACAAGAUUCCCGACCAGACAUCCAUCAGUAGCUACUUUGUGUGCUACAAGAACGCACAGGGCAAUAUGAAGGGACACAAGAUGACCUGCUCCAAGGCACUGGUCUUCUGUCCACGAACCCUGCUCUGCACCUUGGCCAGUAAGUGCACGGGCUAG